AAAGAGAUGAUAGCACCUACAAAAUUUGAUUCGAAUAUGAAUAUUCCUGGUGCUCAUAACAGGUUACGAAGAAUUUUUAAGGUAUUAUUUGUUAAACGAUCAUUAAAGAAUUUCACAAGUUUUUUUUUCUUCAUUUUGUUGACAUAUAUUUAUAAAUUGGAAGGGAGCAAUAGGUGCACUAGACGGGACAUUAGUACAUGCCGUUGUUCCCGCUAAUGAACAAAUUGUUUACAGAGGAAGGGGAAAAGGUAAAUGCUAUCAAAAUGUUCUGGCAAUAUGUGACUUCAAUAUGGUAUUCACUUAUGUUUAUGUUGGAUGGGAAGGGGUAGCACAUGAUGCACGCGUUCUAACUGAGAUUGCAUCUAAUCCAGAUAAUGGCUUUUCAUUUCCUCCACCUAGAUUUCUAGCACCGUAUCGUAAUAUUCGAUAUUGGUUAGGAGAUUAUCAUCGUAGGCGUGCCAUAACGAAGGAGGAAAAGUUUAAUCAUGCUCAUGCACAGCUUAGAAACGUUAUUGAACAUUCCUAUGGAGUACUGAAAGCAAGAUUUCCUAUAUUGGACAAGAUAGCUCCAUAUCCUAUUAAUAUCCAAAGAGACGUUGUUAUUGCAUGUUUUGUCGUUAAUAAUUUUAUCAGGAAGGAGCGCAUCAAUGAUGACUUGUUUAAUCAUUUUGAUACGCCUCAAGUGAUAUUUGAUGAAGAAGGACAACAAGAAGAAGCAUUAGAUGAAACAAAUGGACCUAGUUGGACAGUUGAAGAUUCUCAGAUAAUGACCGAUAUGAGGGAGCAACUUGCACUCCAACCAAUGCAAAGAAGAUGAAAUACUUGAGAGUUCUAUAUUUUAGUUAUUUGAAUUUUUUAACAG